CGCGCCGCUCCCAUCGAGGUGUUGGCAGAUCGGUUGGCUCAGCCUGGGGACGCUUGGUGAGGGCGCGGCGGGGGCGGGUGGGCGCCGCCAUUUUGCAGGAAGAGGGCUGUCCGGGGCUGUCAUUGCGGGGAGAGCAGCGUCUGCCAUGGCCAAUGUGCUGUGCAGCAGAGCCAGGUUGGUUUCCUACCUGCCAGGGUUCCCCUCCCUGCUCAGCAGGGUUGGAAAUUCCAGAACUUUCUCCACUGCCGGAUCCUCGGGCUCUGAUGAGCCCCUCGUGGCUGCUGCACCCCCCGAGCUCUCCCCCAGGACGGUGUGGCCGGACGAGCUGCUGGGUCCCUUUGGGCCUCAGGACCGGCGUUUCCAGCUGCCCGGGCACCUGGGCUUUGGGUGCCACCUGCAUGGCACUGCCAGCCAGCGGGCACCGCCCGGCCUGCCCGAGCUGCUGGCCCAGCCCUCAGCCAGCGACCGGCACCGCUUGGUCAUGGCCCAGUGCAUCAAUGAGUUCCAGGGUUCUGAUGCUCCCCAGAAGCAGCAGAUCAAUAAUGCUGAAAGCUACUUUGAAAAUGCCAAGGUGGAAUGUGCAGUGCAAGCCUGUCCUGAGCUGCUGAGAAAAGACGUGCAGGCGCUGUUCCCCGAGGCGCAGCCCCAGCGCCUGACGGUGCUGACGGUGACGCAGAGGAGCCAGCACGACAUGAGCGUGUGGAGCCACGAGGUGGAGCAGGAGAGGGAGGCGCUGCUGGAGAACUUCAUCAAUGGUGCCAAGGAAAUUUGCUGUGCGAUUUCUGCUGAGGGCUACUGGGCUGAUUUCAUUGACCCCUCCUCAGGGCUGGCUUUUUUCGGGCCUUACAGCAACAACCCCCUGCUGGAGACGGACGAGCGCUACCGGCACUUGGGCUUUGCUGUGGAUGACCUGGGCUGCUGCAAAGUGAUCAGGCACCACCUGUGGGGCACCCACGUGCUGGUGGGCACCAUCUUCACCAACGCUGAGCCCGACAGCCCCAUCAUGAGGAAACUCAGUGGCCACUGAGCCCUCCCUGCUGCCAUCCUGCCCUUCUCGGUGUCGCCAGGCCUUGCUCGCUCUGGGUGUUCUUAGAGAAUAAAAGUAGCUGGGAUUUAUUUCUG